AUUGAGGAACACACCCAAAAUGAAGCGACGCUCGCUCACCACUGUCCGCGAGGAGCCGUCCAAGAACAGUAGAAACGGCGACUACGCCAUCUACGUGAUGGUGACCACCACUGCGGUCCUCAGCUACAUGAACAGCCUCAACGGUGACUUCGUACAUGAUGAUAUACCGGCCAUCGUGACGAAUGGUGACGUCACUGGGAGUAAUUCCUUGAAGCAUCUGCUUUUGGACGACUUCUGGGGGACUCCGAUGGCCGAUGUGAACAGUCAUAAGUCAUACAGACCGUUGACUACCCUUUCAUUCAGGUUAAACCAUGCUUUAGCCGGCCUCCGACCCUGGUGGUGGCACGCGUGCAAUGUCACGCUGCACGCCGCUUGUUGCGCGCUAGUUGCACGCGCUUGUGUUACGAUAGCGCGACUGCAGCGACCCUUUGCAGCGCUUGCAGCGCUGCUGUUCGCUGUACACCCCGUUCAUACUGAGGCGGUGGCCGGCGUAGUUGGUAGAGCUGAUGUACUAGCCUGUAUAUUUUUCCUGUCUUCACUAUUAGUAUACCACAGACCCACAAGCAGCAAGAAGUGUGUGUGGUUGAGCAUAGUACUUGGCGCUCUGAGCAUGCUCGCCAAGGAAACUGGAGUCACCGUGCUCAUGCUUAAUUUAGCAUUCGAUUUUUAUAGGUGUUGGCCAUUUGUAAAAAGAUCUAUAUGUUCGCUGAAAAUAGAAAAGAAGUGUACAGGACUAUCAAUAAGAAGUAUUAAAGUGUUGCUGUCGCUUGCAUUGCUUAUUUGCCUGAGGUUGGCCCUACUGCAGGGCACGUGGCCAACCUUUUCGCCUCAGGACAAUCCAGCUGCCUUUCACCCUAGUUUUUUUGUCAGAUUAAUGACGUUUUGUUACCUGGCGGCCUUCAACUGGUGGUUACUGCUGUGCCCGUGGUCCCUCAGCCACGACUGGCAGAUGGGGUCCGUGCCGCUCAUCACCAGCGGCUGGGACCCCAGGAACUUGCUCACCUGCGCUGCAUUCGGGGCCUUACUGCUGUUGUGCUAUCGGUUUAUAGCUGACUUAGAGGUCCAGAGACACACUCCGGCUGUCAUUGGACUGUUACUCCUGGUGAUACCCUUCGUGCCUGCUAGCAACUUACUAGUUACCGUCGGUUUUGUUAUCGCCGAGCGAAUUCUUUAUAUACCCAGUGUGGGUAGUGUCAUCAUAACUGCCUACGGCGUGCAGCUCAUGUGGUACUCCAAGCCGUGGACGAAAUGGAUCCUGGUCAUUGGGCUUGCCAUACUGGCGGCCAGUGGUGUUGCCAGGACAUAUAGAAGAAAUGCUGACUGGAAAGAUCGAGCUACUUUAUUACGAGCGGAUUUAGUGACUUUGCCGCAGAACGCCAAACUGCACUACAACUUGGGAAACUUCCUGAGGGAGACUGAACAGCAAGACAACGCUAUCAGACAUUACAAAGAAGCUUUGAGACUAUGGCCGAGCUACGCAAGUGCCCACAACAAUAUAGGCACUCUAGUCACAGGCGCAGACAAUGCGGAGCAUCAUUUCUUGCAAGCAAUAAAAUUCAAUAAACACCACGUGAACGCACAUUACAACUUGGGCAAACUUUAUAAGAAGAGCGGGCAAACAGCACGAGCUAUACAAAUGCUGGAAAAGUGUAUAUGGCUUCAGCCAAGGUUUGUGCAAGCUCACGUGGAACUGCUGAUCCUCAAACCAGAGUCAGAGAAGAGGAGUAUACUAUCAAAGCUGGUGGAGCUGGAACCAAAUAAUUGGGAACAUUUCGUGUUGUACGGAGACUGGUUAAGGUUGAAAGGUCUACAAAGCCUAGCCUCAAAGUACUAUUUAGAAGCUUUAAAACUGAAUUUUAGGAAUCGAAAUUUAGAGAAACCAGUCAGAGGAGAUCUAAUCUCGUUUAGAUAUACAGCACUCAUGUACAGGUCGUUAGGGCAAAAGUCUAGAAUACUACAGCUUUUAACAAGAUGGCACACGUGGCGGCGCGGGUGGCCGAGCGCGGCGGCAGCGCACAUGUACCUACGUGACUGGCGACUCAAGAUGGAGCUGGAGGGCCGGGUGCAAAUCUAUUCUAAAGCUGUCAACCCCACCAAAACGACCACCUGCUUCGAUCACUCACAACUGUCGGGUGAAGUAAAAAUAGCAGUAAAAGAAAAGCCAACAAAUUAUGAAGAAAAUAAAAAGCAAGUGACAAAUUUAAAAAGUGUCCGUAACAAAAUUGUGAGUACUGCAAGUGACAGUAACAAUAGUGCGUGUGAGUGUAAAAAGUGCGGGACCAAAAAACGUAACGUGUCUAUAUCGUCACAAAUAAAAACAACUCAUAACAAAUCAGAGAUCGGACAUAAAGAAAAACAAUGCAAUUUGCAUAAAGAGAAAACAGUGAAAAACAGUGAUGUGAUACCAAAUAUAGGCGGGCCGCUUUCCGAACAUAUUCUUAUGAAGACAUUUUAAGUUGAUCAUAACAAUUACUUUACGUGUGAUAUUUUGAGUGUGACUGUCAAAAUUUAUGUAGAUUGUGCUUGCGAAAUUUUUAUUUCCAAAACAAAAUUCAAUAAUGUUAGGUGUAAUUAUGCUGACAAUAUCGCGAAAUUGAAUAUAGUUAAGGAAAUGGUUGGCGUCAAAAAUUCUAUUAGCGAUCUUUUU